AUGGACUUGCCAGUGGUGGUCGUAGAGGAGGAGCCCUUGAAGCCUCGCAAAGGCCGGCGCUGGCAAGGGCUGCUUCAGCGCUGCCCCGAGCUGUUGAAUCAGGUGGUGGCCUUGCUGCCCUGGCUUCUUUGCCUGGCGGCCUUGGGGCCAUGGCUGCCGGAGGCGCAGGCCGGGCUGCUGAGUGCCCUGCUGGCCACGUCCUUGGUCUUCAGCUCAAACAUGGGAGGCCUCGACUUGAAGCCCCUGCUGCUCGCUUUGAUCUCCUGGCCCGGGCCCAGCGACCGCUGGUGCCGCGCCGUGCUGAAGGAUCAGGAGCUCUGUAUCGACGCCGCGCUGGGUGGGUUCAGCGUCGGCCCCAGCUCGGGGCCGGCUCGCUCGGGCGUGAAAUCCUGGGUGCCGCUCUUUCCGUGCCUUUGCGUUGCCCUGGCCAUGGCAUUGCUGGCGAUGACUCUUCUCGGCAGCCAGCUGCCGGAGGACGAGGCCUUCGUGAAUUCCGGGACGCCCUCGACGCGGGGAGGAAACGUGGCGAUGCAGGGGAGGAAGUUCACGGCGGCGGACCGGGGCACCCCGGAGUAUGAGGAGUAUUUCCGGAAGAAGAAGGAGGUGAAGAAAGCGGCCUGGGAGCGCAUGACCACCGCCAACGGCUACCGCGACGCCGGGGUGGACAUUCCCGGCUUGUCGGCCCCCGCCCCAGCGCCGUCGGCACCGGCGCCGUCCCCGAUGAGCAGUGGCGGCGGGGAGAGCGGCGGCGGCAACCCCUUCCAGUUCAUCAUCGACCUCUUUAACCCGACCACCACCACCACCACGACGACGCCUCCGCCCAACCCCAUCGAGGCAUUCUUUAAAGGCCUCCGAUGA